AUGGACGUCCACCUCGAACAGCGUGUAAACAUAAAAUUCUGUGUGAAACUUGACAAGACAGCCACACAGACGUAUGAGCUUCUUCGUGACGCUUACCGCAACGAGACAUUAUCACGGGCGCGAGUUUUCGAGUGGCACAAGAGGUUUGUUUCAGAAAGAACAUUGGUGGAAGACGACACAAGGCAGGGGCGCCCUGCAACCUCACGGAAUGAAAACAAUGUGGCUCUGAUCAGGGAGAUCGUACAGCAAGACCGCACCAUUACACUCCGCAUGCUAUCAGAUGCUCUCGACAUUAGUAAGACAACAUGCCAGCAAAUUUUGCGUGAGAACUUGAGGAAACGAAAGCUGAAUGCCAGACAUGUGCCGCACUCCGUCACACAGGACCAGAAGGACACGCGGGCAUCAGUGAGCGCCGAUUUGUUCUCUGAGGUAGAGAAGGAUGCUGCAUUCAUCGACAGCAUCAUUGCUGAAGACAAAACAUGGUGUUUUUAA